AUGGUGGCAGCUUAUAGGACAGUACCAUCGAAUGCACAUAAAGAGAUAACUUGCACAGAAAAAAUUAAAAUGAACGAAACUAGGAACGAAGUUGAAACAAACAAAUUCACCGUACCAAUUUCACCUCCAAACGUGACUCAAGACUCGAGUAUUGCGAAGGUCGGUGAAAAAGAGGAGAUUCCGCGUGUGAACAAUAACGAAAACGCUUCCGCAGCAACUUCAACACGAAGGUCGCUGCGAAAUGCUUCAAAACUAGUAAAGAAUAUGACACAGACCAGAGAUUCUGCUUAUGUUACUAUAAACAAUGUAGAACCUACUCAGGUAGAAACCACAACCCUUCAAGAACAAUUCUCGCCUUUAUCAACUGGUCGAAGAGGUCCUGGUCGACCGCGAAAAUCACUAGUUUCCGAGGGGUUUGAGACCUCUUCUGUAAACGCAAAUGUUAAUCACGUACGAGCAAACGCCGAAACAUCACAACCUUCUUUACCCAACGGGUCCUCAUUAAGAAUCAAAUUUGCUAAGGUUGGUCCAGGCGCAACUACAACUUCUUACACUACCCCAGUAACGAGGGUACCUUUAGCUCAACCUUCUGUUGUAGUCGCGUCGUCGUCUUCGUUCGAUUUCACGACUACUUCAGAAACGUCCACGAAUAGUGGGCCUGGAAUACCUACAUCAAAUAUCCCUACUAAUAAUGACACGACAGUAAGUAGUUCCACUUCCGGUGCCCCUGUAAAAAGAGGUCCGGGAAGGCCACGUAAAAACCCAUUGCCAUCAAAUCACGAACCUUCUCAUACCACAAAUAACGACACAUCUGCUCGGCAGAGUGAUAAGAAAAGGAAGGUUACUGAGAAUGAUGGAACUGAUUCGUUUCCCGUUGAAACAGAAAGAAAAGGUAAUAGAAAGUCCGCUGAGAAAGAACCAAUCUCGCGCAAGAAACCGAAAACCACUUCAAACAAUGAAGAAUCAUUUCGAAAAAACAAACUCUCCGAACCAAUCGAGAAGAAAAAAACUCCCUUGGAAGAACUACGCGAGAAGAAAAUUAAAGAGAAGGAAGCAGAACUCAUAAAAGUUGUGGAUGAACAUGACUCCUUGAUUCGGGAAUUAUAUUAUAUGGAAUCUUACCAUUUGCUGCUUAAUAACCUCGAUCCGCAGACUAUAAAACAGGACAAUAGCGAGCGUAUGGUUAAGUAUUUGGCAAGUCAUAACUUGUGGGCCACCUUGAACGAUCAAGUUGUCAACAUCCAAUCAAAUUCCAAACGGAUGUCCACCCGUCAUUCACUUACCAAACAUCGCGAAUCAAUUGUCAGCAUGUUACAAAAGUCUGUCGGUUCGCGUGGAUUCAACGUAGAAAGUCAGCCUGAUCUCACAUCCUGGGAACCAGGUGUCAACACCCGCAGUUCCCGUAGGACCUCAAGGAUAGAAUCCUCCAGAAAUCGAGAAGCGACCUUGGCAAGCGGACUUUCAUCCUAUUCACUUCGUCGACGCGGUCACGCUCAAUUCUCUAGUUUGAAUGAUUACUUGUCGUCAUUCGUGACUUUAGAUGAGGAAGACAUAACCCCCGCUGAAGAAGAAUUGAGAGCCCAAAAUGAAGCGGAUAUUCAAUAUCGAAUUUGGGUAUUGAAAAAUGAAGGAAGGUUAAACAAAGUCACCAAACCGGCUGUUGAACCACCUCGUCCCAAGGUUCACCGAGAUUACCUGCUCGAAGCGGUUACGUACCACGUGAAAUACAUGAACAAGUUGACAGAAGCGAAGUUUCGAAUCACCAGACAAAUUAGUAAAGCUAUAUCGCAACAUUUCUUCAAGUUGGCAAAUCAGGGGUCGAGGGAAAGAAAGUUGGAAGAAAAACGGAUCAAAAAAUUGGCCAAGACCACAGCGAAUCUUGUUAAGCAAAAAUGGAAAACUGUCGAGUCGAUUGUAUUGGCGAAACAUAAAGAAUUACUUCGCGAAGAACAAGAACGUGAAGGAAAACGUCACCUUAACCUACUUAUUGAACAUUCUACCCAAAUGUUAGAGGUUCAACAAAAUGAACUAUUGGGGACUCGGUCAAGGAGAAUCCGGAAAAAUCUCAUUGACAAUAAAGUCAAUAUUGAUGACAACAAUGCUUUUGAGGAAUGUAACGAUCUGGAAGAUUAUCGCACGGAGGAUUCCGGAACAGAUGUUGAUAACGAAUUUUCCGAUAAUGACCAAAUGUCCAUUUCUUGCAUGGAUGAAGAGGAGAUUGAAUCAUCGGAUGAAGAAGAAGUUCGCGACUUGCAAGACGAAAAAGAUCUUCCGCUCGAAGAUUUGUUGGAAAAAUAUGAUUAUCCUGUAUCAGAUAAUACCGAAGUUCUGCAAGAAGAUUUGAAUAGCAAGCAACCUUUAAAAAUCCUCACCUCGUCCUCGUCUACUUCUAAUGGAAAAUCUAAAGUUUCCAAUGAUAAGAGGAUGGGAAAACUACGUGCUCGAACAACAUCUCGUGAAUUUAAACUGGAAGCUUUUGUUCAAGAUCCGUACAUCGAUGACAAAGAAUUUUCAAUGUCAUCCGAUCAAACUGACCAAGAUCAUGAAUCGUCACUGGAUGAACAAGAACUUGAAGAAAAUUCCGAGGAUGAUGCUCUGGAGCUAAACGAAUUGACAAAUGAAUCAAACCUUCCGAUUGAAGAACUAUUGAAACGAUAUGCAUAUCAUCCUAACGAUCAUGCAGAAGUGGAAAGUGACAUCGACGAGGAAGAGACGACCAGUAAAACAAAUUGUAAUGUUGAUCGAUCCGAUAAUGAAGGGGAUGGAUCUGAUCGCGUAAUUUACCCCAUUGACACAACAAAAUGUGAUGCUGGUAAUAACAUAUCAUCGAAUAAGGAUGAUGCAAUUAAAAUCCAGGAUCAACAUGAAGGCUCUGUAUGUGAUAUGGACUUAGAUGAAGAUUCUACCACGCGAUUGUUGAUAGCAGAACCAGAUGAUAAUGAUAUUGUUUCCCAGGAUCGAGAAAGUGAAUUUAUUACUAAUUCAGAGACAAAAGGACUAGAACUACCCACCGGAACCACAUUGUCAACCACUAAUGUACGUACACAAAUUCCACCAUUACUCAGAGGACAAUUGCGUGAGUAUCAGCACGUCGGCCUUGAUUGGCUUGCCAGCUUGUAUAACAAUGGGUUAAAUGGUAUUCUUGCGGAUGAGAUGGGACUCGGUAAGACCAUUCAGACAAUUGCACUGUUAGCACAUUUAGCUUACGAAAAGGGAGACUGGGGUCCGCACCUGAUUGUUGUGCCCACCAGCGUUAUUAUUAAUUGGGAAAUGGAAUUUAAAAAGUGGUGUCCAGGAUUUAUAAUCUUGACAUAUUAUGGAAGUCCAAAGGAGCGAAGAGAAAAGCGAAUAGGUUGGAUGAAAGAGCACACCUUUCAUGUUUGCAUUACAUCUUAUCAUCUUGUUGUGUUAGAUCAGGUCGUGUUCAAAAAAAAGAAAUGGCAUUAUUUGAUUCUUGACGAGGCACAUAACAUUAAAAAUUUUCAAUCGCAAAGGUGGAAGACUUUACUGAACUUUAAUUCUGAACGAAGAUUGUUACUCACGGGUACUCCAUUACAAAACAACCUUAUGGAAUUGUGGUCUUUGUUGUACUUCUUAAUGCCCAAUGGGGUCUCGGGAGACAUGCCCCUUGGGUUUGCUAACCAAAAGGAAUUUCAAGAAUGGUUUUCGCGACCAGUCGAUAGGAUGAUUGAAAAUAAUGAACAAUUUGAUGAUGAAACACUAUCUGCGGUUCAAAAGCUCCACACGGUUUUACGGCCAUAUCUCUUACGUCGGUUGAAAAGUGAUGUGGAAAAGCAGCUUCCUGCGAAACACCAUCACAUAAUCAAGUGUCGGCUUUCUAAAAGACAACGGUUUUUGUAUGAUGACUUCAUGUCGAGAGCUAAGACCAAAGAAACACUUCAAUCAGGAAAUUUCUUGAGCAUAAUUAAUUGCCUCAUGCAGUUACGUAAAGUUUGUAAUCACCCAGAUUUAUUUGAAGUACGACCUAUUCGAACAUCGUUUGCCAUGUCAAGAUCAGUUUUGGCAGAUUACCAAAUUUCCGAAUUUAUAAUCCGACGAAACAUCUUAAGAAAAAUUGAUCGAAUUAAUCGAUUAAACAUGGAUUUCCUGAACCUGGAUUCAAUUCGGUAUGAAGGGGAUUUGGGUGUGAAAGAUUUAGAGGAAUGUGAGGAAUUUGGGAGAAUUGACGAACUUUUUUUGGAAAAAAUUAAAGAGUAUGAUACAAUAGAGGAGAUUUCGGACACUAAAAAAGAGACGAUAUACAAUAGUUUUGUGGAAUUUGGUAAAACCAUGGAACUGCGUGCUCGUUUAAGCAAUCAACAGAGAUGGAGUCAUAUGAGAUAUAUUAACUCUUUCCGCCUUAAACGUCGUCCCAUAUACAAGGCGUAUGGAUCAAGUUUGUUCGAAUUGUGUCGUCGGCUGGGCUCAACCGUGUGUGGCACUGCGUUGACCGAUGCCAACAAUCCUAAAAGAUUCUUUGAUCACACAAAAUCGCUCACUGAUAUGCUUGUAUCCUACGAACGUCGAUAUAACAUGAUGGAGGAUAUCAUAAAGCAAUAUGCUUUUGUAACCCCGGCCGUUGUCGCAAGAGAUGUUUCGUCAUAUGCAUUAUCUGGAUUACCUGAUGAGGUGCGGUUGAUGAUUCGUGAUCAAGCGCAAGAUUUGUAUCAUCCCAUUCGCGUCAAGCUUCAGAUAGCCUUUCCCGAUAAAAGGUUAUUACAAUAUGAUUGCGGGAAAUUACAAGAACUGGACUUGUUGCUUCGGAAGCUCAAAGAAAAUGGACAUCGGGCAUUAAUUUUCACUCAAAUGACUCGUGUACUUGAUAUAUUAGAAAUAUUCCUGAACAUUCACGGCCAUCGUUAUCUUCGAUUGGAUGGUGCCACAAAAAUUGAACAACGUCAAUUAUUGACUGAACGCUUUAAUCAUGAUCCAAAGAUCUUGGUAUUCAUACUUUCAACAAGAUCCGGCGGAUUGGGAAUCAACCUGACGGGAGCAGAUACUGUCAUAUUUUAUGAUUCUGAUUGGAAUCCGUGUAUGGAUCGUCAAUGUCAAGACAGGUGUCAUCGAAUUGGUCAAACACGUGAGGUUAACAUUUAUCGAUUCGUCAGCGAAUAUACGAUCGAAGAAAAUAUGCUGCAAAAAGCUAAUCAAAAGCGAUUGUUGGAUAAGAUGGUGAUCACCGAUGGAGAAUUCACGACUGACUAUUUCCAGAAGAUGGAUUGGCGUGAGCUUGUCAGCGAUAUUGCGCCUCACCGUGUACGAGAUGUAAUCGAUGAACCAAGUUCGGGAGUGGAGUUGGAGCAAUGCCUUGCGGAGGUUGAAGAUGAUACCGAUGUGAAUGCGGCCAAGGUGGCGAGAAAUGAGAUGGAUCUUGAUCUGACAGAUUUUGCGGAUAUCGAUACACCAGCAGAAAGUUCCGUCGCAAGACGUGCAAGUUCAGUAUCCACAGCUCCGUCACCACAAGCGGCUAAUGAAAUAGUCGAGACCAGUGAGGAAACCCCUGAUCACGUGGAUUAUUAUAUGCUUCGUUUUAUGGAACGUGAAUUAGAAUUAAAUGUUGGGUUUGGUGGAUUACCUGACCCCGAAGAUGGUUUGGUUUCAGAAUAG